CACAGCCGAGCUGGCCUAGUCGCAGUGGGGUAACCAUGGAGUGGGUGACACUCGAAAGGUCGCUUCGCCAUCCACCUCCAGCUCAUGCAGCCCCUAUUGAAUUAGAGUGAAUAGGCUGGUAGGUACUAUACCUACCUACUCACCAAGAAGGUACAUCCUUUUAACCAAAGUAAGGACUUAUGGGCAGAUGAGGGGUCGAGACCAUUCAAAAGCGCAGGGGCACACCACGCCAACCCUUCCUUGAGCCUUUUUCCAGUGAACUCCAGCCUCCAGCCGACUUAAUCUUGUUUCCACUGACUACCUGACGUAGAGGGCUGAACCAGAAAAGCGCGGCACAAAUAUUGAGGACGUUGGCUUUUCGCGCCUUGUCUAGCAUACCCACCCCACUACUUACCUCAUUCACCAACCAGCCCGCCGGUAUCCGGGACACGCGCCGAAAUCAACCGUCCAACGCCGCGAGCAACAUGACAGGCCACAUCAACAUCCACCACGACGAUGACGACGACGACGACAUCCGCGGCGCCGCCGAGCUUGCCUCGCAGCACGCUGGAAGCUCGGGCGACGUUAGCCUAUUUAGCGGAAUCCUCGACAGCCUCAUGCAGAAGAAGAAGGCGGCGGAGAUCGACAAGGACGACGUGGAUGAGCCCACCGCUAUCAAGAACCACAAGAAAUACUUUGACGACGACGAGGACGACGACGAUGACGACGUCAACGAGCGGAACAUGGGCACUGCGGCAGCCAUACAGGCUCUCAAAACGUUCACCGACCACGGGGCGGCCGACGCCUCGGUGACGGGCGGCGCGGCGGCCCCCGGCAAAAGCCAGUUUAUUGGACUGGCGCUGAGCGAGGCGAGCAAGCUCUUCGACAAGCAGUCUGCCCAGGGCAAAGUGUCGUCUGGCUCAACCAAGGAGUCGGCCGUGAUGCAGGCGGGCGAGAUGGCGUACAAGAUCUACCUGAAGAGUAAAGGGGACGCAUCGGCUACAGGCCCUGGCGGCGGGGUCGGCGGACUGAUGGACUUGAUGGCGUCCAAGUUUAUGAAGUGACGGCCGCGGGAGGAGAGCCUUGAUCCGAAGGUGGACUUGCGAAAUCUACACCGGCCUCUCAUUCGUUUUUUAUUAUCUUCUUUCUUCCAAGUCGGCCCGUUGAGCUGGCUUCAGUCAGAAGAAUUCUUUGAUGGGAGUUGGGUGAAGAAGUCAGCGGCCAGUAAAUAAGUAGUGACGAUUUGUGUCGCCAAAGAGGCAAGUUACCGACUACCGCACCUCAUUAGCAUGAGAUGUCGCACACAACACUGGACCCAGCCAUCCAAGCCCAAGCACUAGACACAGCCAGCCCACCAGUGAUUGAGAAAGCACCGUCAGUCUUGGUUCGAGCCUGACCCCUUGGCAAGGAGGCCCCCAUUUAAACCCCUGCAGCCUUUGACCAAAUACCGCCCCACUUGCCGCUGAGUGCUACCAAACUGUCGGGUCGAGCCUGGGUCGACUGUGGAAAAGGAGGGAAAGGGCGGAAAUACAAUUUCCCGG